AUGAUUAAUUCGAACGGUGAAAAACAUGGAACCAUCACGGCUCGUAUUGAUGAUAAAGAUAAUUUUGAAGUAACAAAAUUGCGAGUCGAUGUUGUUACGGAUGGACGACAUGCCGCGUUGAAUAAUAAUUUUCGGUUAUUUUUGAAAAGAUUUUUUGGUUGUCUUGCCGAUGGUAAUGCUGUGCAUGAUGAAGAAACAUUGAAAGCAAUUAGAGACAAUGCUGGUGGUUUACAAAAUAUUCCAUCGAAGGUAGAUUUGAAUCAAAUAGAAGAUCAUUGGAGAAAAUAUCAUCAAGCUAAAUCAGAAGCUCUAACUAUUCUAACAAAACCUUUUCGUGAUUUAUCAAAAUUUGAACAACGUAUGAAAUAUUCCAAUGAAUUUCGACGUUUAUCUCAAUUAUUAGUCACCUAUCGUGAUGCAAUAUCAACACUUGAUUCAUCAUCCGUCGAUCCAUUGAAACCGUAUAAAGAUUUACUGAUCGAUUUGUAUUUAUUUGAUCCAAAUAUAAAAGAAAAAAUGAUUGAAUUACUUAAAUAUCAAUAUUAUCUCAAUGAACUUCAACAAUUCAUAGAUUGGCCAAUACCCAAUUUUCCGAUAUCGGCAGGAAUGCUUGCCUUAAAAGGUGUUAAACAAGGACCGAACUAUAAAGUUAUUCUAAAUGAACUUCGACAAGCAUGGAAAAAUUCAUAUUUCAAAGCGACUGAAAGCCAAUUACUCGAUGAAAUCUUACCCACAGUAUUAAACAAUUUAAGUACAAUAGAUCCUUCAACGAUCACUGAACAGAAAACAAUUGUUAAUCUACCUGCAUUUGAUCUUCCGAAAAGGCGUAAACAUAAGGAUGUACCUUCAGAUCAAGAAUUCCAUGGCGAAUCUUUUGGAAGAAAGCUUUGGCCAAUAGCAUCAACAUUGACUGAGUUAUGGCGAAAACAAAAUGGUGUAAUUCUUUAUGGCCCACCCGUUAGUAGUGCUUUUGAAGCAUCAGGCACCUAUAAUCUUGAAGAAAUGAACGCUUUCAUUCGUCAAAAUCCUAAUGCCGCGUUUGGUGUUCAUGAACAUCUUACUCUCCAUACUCAUCCUCGCCGUAUAAAUGCUCCAGCUCAAUCAUCAACUCCUCAAGCGCCUAACCGCCUGCCGGAGAUGUCUUUUGACAUCUACAGGGUCCCACUUCUACUUGCGUAG